CAUUUCCGGGCGGCGACGGCAGCGGGAGGGCGAUGGUGCUGCUGCACGUGCUGUUCGAACAUGCGGCCGGGUACGCGCUGUUCGCCGUGCGGGAGGUGGAGGAGAUCGGGCUGCUGCUGCCGCAGGUGGAGGAGAGCGUCCUCACCCUGGGCAAGUUCCACAACGUGGUGAAGCUGGUGGCGUUCUCGCCGUUCCGCUCGGCGCAGAGCGCGCUGGAGAACAUGAACGCCGUGUCCGAGGGAGUCCUGCACGAGGACCUGCGGCUGCUGCUGGACACGGCGCUGCCCCCCAAGAGGAAGAAGGUGCUGCUGGGGGUGGGCGAUGCCAAGAUGGGCGCGGCCGUGCUGGAGGAGCUGGGGGUGCAGUGCCAGACCGGCGGCGUGGUGGCCGAGCUGAUGCGCGGGAUCCGGCUGCACUUCCCGGCGCUGGUCCGGGGCCUCACGGCGCAGUCGGCGGCCAAGGCCCAGCUGGGGCUCGGUCACAGCUACUCCCGGGCCAAGGUGAAGUUCAACGUGAACCGGGUGGACAACAUGAUCAUCCAGUCCAUCAGCCUGCUGGACCAGCUGGACAAGGACAUCAACACCUUCUCCAUGCGGGUCCGGGAGUGGUACGGGUAUCACUUCCCCGAGCUGAUCAAGAUCGUCCCCGAGAACUCCAUGUACUGCCGGGUGGCCAAAUUCAUCGGGAACCGCCGGGAGCUGAGCGAGGAGAGCCUGGAAGGGCUGGAGGAGAUCGUCAUGGACAGCGCCAAGGCCCAGACUAUCCUGGAGGCCUCCCGCUCCUCCAUGGGGAUGGACAUUUCCCCCCUGGACCUGAUCAACAUCGAGAGCUUCUCCCGCCGCGUCAUCUCGCUGUCCGAGUACCGCAAGGGGCUGCAGGAGUACCUGCGCUCCAAGAUGAGCCAGGUGGCCCCCAGCCUGUCGGCGCUCAUCGGGGAGGUGGUGGGCGCCCGCCUGAUCUCGCACGCCGGCAGCCUCACCAACCUGGCCAAGUACCCGGCGUCCACGGUGCAGAUCCUGGGCGCCGAGAAGGCCCUGUUCAGGGCGCUGAAGACGCGGGGGAACACCCCCAAGUACGGCCUCAUCUUCCACUCCACCUUCAUCGGGCGCGCGGCCGCCAAGAACAAGGGGCGGAUCUCGCGCUACCUGGCCAACAAGUGCACCAUCGCCUCGCGCAUCGACUGCUUCUCGGAGGUCCCCACCAGUGUCUUCGGGGACAAGCUGCGGGAGCAGGUGGAGGAGCGCUUGGCCUUCUACGAGACCGGGGAACCGCCCCGCAAGAACCUGGAGGUGAUGAAGGAGGCGGUGGUGGAGGCCAGCGAGGUGGUGGCUGAGGUGAGGAGGAGGCAGGAGAAGAAGGAGAAGAAGAGGAAGAAGAGGGAGAAGCGGCGGCUGGAGGCCCUGGCAGCGGCUGCCGAGGAGCCGGCGGAGAACUCGGUGAUGGAGACAGAGGAGAACGAUGUGGGCACCAAGAAGAAGAAGAAAAAGAAGAAGCAGCAGGAGGAGUCGGAGCCGGAGGAGAACGGGGUGGAGGAGGAAGAGGAGGAGGAGGAGCCACUGCCUAAGAAGAAAAGGAAAAUCACGGUGGAGCCCGAGGAGGAGGAGGAGGAGGAAGAAAAGAAGAAGAAAAAGAAGAAGAAGAAGAAGGCAGCAGCUCGGGACUCGGAGGAGGAUUAGCGAGCUGAGCACACGGACUGACAGACUGACAGACGCUCCUGAGGUGUCCCCAGCACCUGGAACUUGUCACAGCCUCUGGUGGCCUGGCUGAUCCCUCUGGUGGCCUGGCCGAUCCCUCUGGUGGCCUGGCUGAUCUCUCUGGUGGC